AUGAAUCAAUACAGAGACAACCGCUCCAUUUCCUCAGGAUCGGGCGGCUCGUCUCGUUCUAGCCGCUCGUCUUCGGGCUCCUACAAUUCGUCGGCCUGCUCUGGCUCCUCUCGGAGUAGUGCAGUUACUCGCCACACCGACAAACAUGAGAACACUGCCGUCCGCAUAGCCAUGCAUGUUCUCCGUGGACCCUUCGGCUCCGCCAAGUAUAUGGAGAUGGCUCGCCCCCAUAAGCAUGACCACCACGGUCACUAUUCUUCUUCUUCUUCCUCCUCCUCCUCCUCUUCGACCUCUUCUUCUUCUUCUCGCUCCUCGACUUCUUCUAGGUCAUCUGAACCCCGAAGAUAUCCCCCUGGACCUCCGCCGCCCGGGCCGCCGAGAAUGCCAACUGGCCCUUAUUACCAACAGCCUCGCCCGCCGCCGCCGCCUGGCAUGCAAUACAUGGGCAGACCGGCUGCAGGUUUCGGCAAUAACGGACAGGGCUUUGUACAGACAAAUGGUACUGCACCAGCAAGACCAGCGGAUCCUGUCUGGGGCUAUCAUCCGCCCCAGAAGCCGGGAAGGCCAGCCACAACCGUGGAAAUAGUAAAUGAGUAA